UUUCAGUUGAAACGGCGGCGCGACGGCGACUUCGAUACACUUUCAGUAUUCAGUAGCGGGCGGAAAGCCGCUCGGUCGCUACCGGACACCUGAAAUGAUCAUCUUCAGUGUGUGCACAUUUCUUCCCGCGUUCAUACUCGUCAGAGUCUGCUGUGUGUUUAGUUAUGUGAUAUGAAAUUAUUUGUUGUUGGGUUUAGUGAAACUAUAGUUUAAAUGUUUGCUUUGCACUCUCGAAGAUUGCGUAGGAGGCUUAGUGCCCCGACGUCAGGGUCUAUCCGACGUCGAGCCCGAGAGCGACGUCAAGCUGAGCAGACGAGAGCGGAGGGCGAGCGCAUCGCACGCGAGAAGCGGGAGCGAAGGGCACGGGAGAAGCUCGAACAACAGCGGAAGGCUCGUGAAGAACUGGCGACGUACCAGCCGUGGGGUCGCGCGGGUGGUGGCGCUCCCAACCCUCGAGGUGUACGAUUUACUAAUCUCCGGGACAAGGGGAUCUUUCCUGAAGACGAAUUAAGGGGAGUAUCAUUGCACGAAGCGUGUCGUCGGUGGGCGACGUCCCCCCUCCGCCGACAGAGACAGACCCCAGUGAAGUUGAGAGAAGAUCCUCAACUGUGUUACGCCGACCCGCUGCGCAAGAGUGUCGACAACGACAUACGAUACAAACAGUCGCCUCAUGAACAACAAAGCUAUAAACAAAUAUUAGAUGAGAUGGUUACUAAAAAAAAGAAAGCCAUGAGAGAAGAAAAGAAACAGAAUCUGGAAUAUGAACGCAAAAUGCACGCUAUGGAAGGGCCAUGGGGUAAACCAGGGCCUGGUGGCACUAUAUGGAGGAACCCCCGUAACAUUGGACUAAAUUUCUCAAAGUCUAUGGGUUGGACAGAUAAUGAAAUUUUAACAAAAAUGAAUGGGGCUAAUGGGCACAAAUCUUCACUUACUUUACCUAAAGUAAAGGGAGACGAUGAUUUCAGAGAAGAUACGCCUAAUAAAGAAAAUGUAAGACCACAUAACGUAGACAAGUUACCAAAUAUUAAAUAUGGUAGCAGUCCGCAAAGAAAAUCUCCAGAUCAACGAAGAUUUAGUUUAGAUGUUAAGGUAAAGCACGAAAUUUCUUAUGGUGGUAAUCCAGAAGAUCGAAGGAGUCCAAAGAAAACUAGAUUUGUCAAAAGAUUAUCUAAUGGGGAUAAAGUAACGAAACUAAUAAUAGACGAUAGUUACGACAGUGGAGAUGCGAUGGCUGUGGAGAAAAAGCCAACACCUGAAGCAGCCAUUUUGCGUGUAACCGGUGGAGUUGAACUUGUCCCACUUCUCGCUAGAAGACGUCGAGUUGGCGCACGCACGUUGCCAUCCAGUGAUGUCACAAGGCCGGCGGAUCAAUCGUGUCAAUGGCGAGAAUCGCUCAACAUGGAUUACCUGAGAGAACUAAAACAGCAAAUGAAAGUAAAAUGCAUACAAAAAGAGGAGCAUCGACGUGAUUCAGCAGAAAGCGUGCGUAAACAUCAUGAGACGUGGGAGUCUCUUUGGGGCAGGCAAGGACACGGAGCCCCUCUACGCGGCAAAUACGCGAGGAAUAACUUAGCACAACUACUGUAUGUAGCACCCCUGACUAAUGCUCAGUAGAUAACACAAUAUAGUGACACCGGUAAUUAAAAAAACAAAAACAAAUGGCAAUAACCAGAGAAGUCUUUACUUAUUUACUUUCGAACAUUUUGUAUAUUUGUAUCAAUAAUAACCUGUCGUAGAAGAAUCACGAUUAAGUAGUAAUCUAUUCUCAAGAACAGUAUGAGGUUAAACUUUUACGUAAUUUGCAUGUUAAUUUAACACAAAUACUGAAAUGUUUUGGUUUAUUACCAAAAACUUUGACGUACUAAAUGCAUAUUGACAUUGAUAACGUGAUCGUGAACUUUCAACGACAGAAUAUUAAACAUUACGUUCAUAUUAGGUAACAAUAAAUAAUUAUUUCAUUAAAUUAUGAAUUAAAAUGUGGACUUCUGACCUUUAUCAUAUUUAGUGCCAACAGAAUACAUUUAACGUAACUUAGGAAUCAAUACUAUGAAUAAGUCACCUAAAUAGAACAUCUGUGAACAAAGCGUCUACUGAUGUUUGGUUAGAGGUAAAAAUUAGGUAGGUGACUAGGUGCAUUUAUACAAUGCGUAGGUGCUUAAGGAAAGAACUGCUAAGAAGUAGUAAAAUGUUUUAAAUAGGUAAAUAUUAAAUACAUUUUCCCGUCUAGAAAUCAAACCUUUAGUAUUAAUUGUUUAAGGUUUGGUUAAAAUUAUAACGUGUAAGUAAUUUCCAGUAUUUCCUUCAUAAAUAAGUAACUUCCAUAUUCCGAACUGUAUCCUCUGUACUACUGCUUUCAUACAGGAAUAAAAGUGCAUUGUAUCAUCUUCUCUACAUAUGAUAUUCUGCAAUUCUGUCUUCUUGCAAUUCUAAAUGAAAAAUUGCAUUAACUAUGUCGUAAAAUUAAUUUAAAAAUUACCAAAGUAAGUAAUUAAGUUGUUAAAAAAAUUAAACCACAAUUUAUAAUAAGAGACCGUAGAAAAUUACUCUCACGAAUUUUAGACUUAUUUUAAUUUGUGAACCUUGUUGCACUGUGAAAGGAUGGAUGUUUUAAGUGAAUAAAAUGUUUUAAAAUAC